AUGGGGCUGAGGCACAUCCCGGUGCUCCAGUCAGCCGUCCCAGGCUGGGAGACGCGCAUGGCUUCGCAGGUGACAGGGAUGCGUGUGGCUUGGCAGGUGGCUCUCCCAGCAAGGGAGUUGCAGGGAGGGCUUUCUCAACAACCAGCCAAGAAUAACGACAUAGUUUUAGAGAGCAGCGUACAGGAACCAAUCUACGUUCCAUUCCUCAUUGUUGGAUCAAUAUUCAUUGCCUUCAUUAUCGUGGGCUCUCUGGUAGCGGUUUAUUGUUGCACAUGUUUAAGACCUAAACAACCGUCGCAGCCAAUACGAUUUUCUCUGCGGAGCUAUCAGACCGAGACUCUUCCCAUGAUCCUGGCCUCGACGAGCUUCAGGACGCCGUCGAGGCAGUCCAGUACCGCGACAAGUUCCAGUUCGACGGGCGGCUCCGUUCGCAGGUUCUCCUUUCCCCGGGCAGAGCCAGGGUGCCUUGUGGCAUCGCCGCCUCCACCGUACACAUCUGGCUGCUUCCAGACAGCCCAUGCAGUCCACCUGACCCAGCCGUCGGGAUUUCUGGUGUCGCCGCCGUACUUUGGGUACCCUCUGCAGCCAGAGCCUGCCCUGGCUGGGAAGAGCUGCUCCGAUUUUAGUCAGAGCUGA